AUGGCACAAAUGCAAGUAGCCUCGUCCUCGUCCUCCACCGCCGGCAUUCAGCGACGGGUCGACACCCCGCGACCGGACUUCGGUGUUCGCUUUCACCACUACCCUCAGCUCUGCCCCAGUCUACUCUUUCAACUUCCGCUCAAAGAACAAACGACCCGAGAUACUCCUCACGAGACGCCGUCCACGUACCGCUUUGACAAUGUGGCUUACUUCGUGCCACCCUUCCUUCUUGAGCACCUGCUACCGACACCGCACCCGCCCUUCUCCCCGCGUGAGGUCCGCCACCUCCAAACGAACGCGCUCCCGCUCUCGGCCGUUCACCCCUACGCACACGCGCAGCUUCUCUCGUCCAUGAGAGCAUCCUGGUUCGGACCCGAGAACGCUCAGUCCAGUCAAGCCUCACCGCCACGCCUCCUGCUCGAGCAUUUUCCGCCACUGGCGGACCCGCCAUUGCCUGCAUCCGCACAUCAGUUCCCCGAACCGCCUGUCACCAUAACGCUUCAUUCUCCACUGCACAAGUCGCCACGGAACGAGCCGCAACAUAUGACCCCGCCCGCGACGCCUGUCUUACUGGCCGCGAACGGUCCGCCGCAUGUGCAGCUACCGCAAACGGACCCUCUUCCUCCGCCCGGACCCCCCACGACGCAUCAUCUCGGAUGGUCGGCAGCACAGUCCGACGCGCCUCACGCUGCAUCGCCGACUGCCCGUACAACGAAGGUCGAACCAGAAGAGUCAGUGCUCCCACCGGUAGAAGAGAAUACGGAGCCGUUCGUCGGUCUCGACGGUAUCCUGAACGUAUCGGGCGUUUCUGCGGCAACUCUUUUCGGCACGAUGUUGCACUUCUACAAGCGAGCUCGCGCACCGUCGCCUGAGCACUCGACGCCGACGAAGGAAGAACCAGUCGAAGCAGAGCUUUCCCCGAGUCCAAGGAUUAACACGCCGCCGGAGCCUUUCGCACUCAACGAGGAGCACAGAACCUCUUGUAAGCGCUGCAGCGAGCAGCAACUUCCUUGCGGAAACGUGCGCCCGUGUGGGCAGUGCAUCCAAUCUGGCCAAGGCGAUACAUGCGAUGACACGUUCGACGUCAAGAGACGCGUCUCUCCGGGAUAUCGGGGCGGCGGUGAGCUCUUCUCGCGCGCCGACGCCGAAGCGGAGGCUCAGCGAUUCACUGUCGAGUGUGGAAGGGCAGUGUGCAGCCAAGCGCAAGCGGCGCUCUGA